UUGGAGAGUUGAAACAGUGAGCUCACUGCGAUGAGGGAAGCCUUAUAUCUCGCGAGAACCCCGCUCCUCUCCAAACUCGCUCGGUGCUGCUGCCUCUGUCGCCGUUGCUGCUAUUGCUGUGGAUUUGAUUGACAGGCAACAUGUCGGUGUGGAAGCAGAGAGCCGGGAUGCAGCUGUUGGCACGAGAGACAGAGAGCACCUGCACACAGUGCUUACACCAAUAAUAUUAAAACGCCGUCUCGUCUCUGUCCAUUGUGCAAUGCUGAGCUAAAUACUUACUCUUACUUAUUUAAGCGUCCAAAUACUCCAUGGAGCCAGCUGAAGCAGACGCUCUGUUUUAAAUGUAUUUCUCCUGAAUUUCUGUUAUAUUGUGUCUGACUGAGCCCUCAACAUCAGUACCGCUGCCUACCUGAACUGCUCUGAUGAAACCAAGCAGUUCCACUUCGGCAGGAGAUAAAAAAGGAAGACUACAAUGGAGUCGCCGUCAAAAUAAUAUCUUUUUAAACAACAGCAACAACAAAAAACCAUUUUGAUUAAUAAAAUUAGUUUAAUUUAAUUUAUUUCGGAUUUAAUUUAUUUGGGAAUUCUUACUGCAUUUUUUAAUCAUUGGUGGGAUUUUUUUUUUCUCCCAUCCGAUUCUUUUGUAAUUCCGACAAAAUAAAACCAGAGUUAGACAAGGGGAUCCGUGCUCGCAAACUAUGGAUGAGGAAAAUAUGACAAAAAGCGAAGAGCAUCAUUUGAGUUUGCAAAAAGCCUUGCAGCAGUGCGAACUGGUGCAAAAUAUGAUAGACAUCAGCAUCUCCAGUUUGGAGGGGCUGAGGACCAAAUGUGCCACAUCCAACGACUUGACACAAAAAGAAAUAAGAACCCUGGAGGGCAAGCUGGUGAAGUACUUCAGCCGACAGCUCUCCUGCAAGCGCAAGGUGGCCGCACAGGAGCGCAGUGCUGAGCUGGAGGGGUUUCCUCACCUCCUGCACUGGUUCCGCAUUGUGGACAUGCGGAAGGAGGUCAUGGAGGAGAUCACCCCUGGCCAGCUGACGUUGGAAGCUCUGCUGGAGAUGAGCGACGAGCAGGUGUGUGAGACGGUAAAGAAAUAUGGCGCAAACCCUGAAGAGUGCGCUCGGCUCAACGCGUCCCUCUCCUGCCUAAGGAACGUCCAUAAAUCAGAACAACUUGAGGACGACAAAUUGCACAAAAAUGGAGGAAGUAGCCACUCCAAGCAGGACUGGAUCAUCCAGUGGCCAGCAUCUGAGAUGGGAAAAGAGAACAACCCUGUGUGCCAGCCUGAGCCCAGCCAGUGGAUUCGCUUUCACCUUUCCCAGAGCCCUAAGGUCCAGUCCAAGUACAACCAGCAGUACGGCCACAGCCCUCAGACGCUGGCGACCUCAUACACGCACGUAGACCGGCUCACAGUCGAGGCCCACCUUGGACUCUUCGCACCCCUGGAGGCAGGGCAUCGCUCUUUGCCCCCCUCGCCUCGGCAGAGACACUUUGCCCACACCCCCCCGAGAACCCCCCCCGUUGUGACGACGAUGACGCCCCCAGGCACACCGCCCGUCAGGAGAAGGAACAAAAUGAAGGCCCCGGGGACCCCGCCUCCUGCCUCCCGCAAGCUGAUCCACCUGCUCCCAGGGUUCACGGCUCUGCACCGCAGCAAAUCCCACGAGUUCCAGCUCGGGAACCAGGUGGAUGAUGCACAGACCCCAAAAGCGAAGAAAAAGAACAAGCCCCUGAACCUCAAGAUUCACAACACUGUUGGAAGCUGUGAGAACAUUCCAUCUCAGCGCUCUCCUCUGCUCUCUGAGCGCUCCCUGCGCUCUUUCUUCGUUGGCUACCCAUCCUUCCUUCCCUCCACUCCCCCUGUUCACACCGAAACCACGUUCUCUGCAAACACACUUUCAGUGCCUCGAUGGUCCCCACAGAUACCCCGCAGAGAUCUGGGAAAUUCAAUAAAACACAGAUUUUCCACCAAAUACUGGAUGUCUCAGACAUGCACAGUAUGUGGAAAAGGAAUGUUGUUUGGACUAAAAUGUAAAAACUGCAAGUUGAAGUGCCACAACAAAUGCACCAAAGAAGCUCCACCUUGUCAUUUACUUAUUAUUCAUCGUGGAGAUCACCAAGGAACAACCCAAGCUCGUCUUGUUCGGACUGAAUCUGUGCCAUGUGACAUAAAUAACCCUCUCAGGAGACCACCCAGAUAUUCGGACCUGCAUGUCAGCCAAACACUCCCAAAAACUAACAAAAUUAAUAAGGACCACAUUCCGGUUCCGUAUCAACCAGAUUCCAGCAGCAACCCCUCUUCAACCACUUCCUCCACGCCCUCAUCCCCAGCGCCCCCCCUUCCUCCAAGUGCUACACCCCCCUCUCCCCUCCACCCCUCCCCACAGUGUGCCCGCCAGCAGAAACAAUUUAACUUAACAACUUCUCAUUAUUUCAAAUACAAGCAGCAGUUCAUAUUUCCAGAUGUUACACCAGAAGCACCAAGUCGUGCACCACAAGUUAUUCUGCACCCAGUCAACUCUGAUUCAGCUAAAGAAGGGAACCCCUUACUACAAAUUGAAGUUGAACCUACAUCAGAGAAUGAGGAAGGGAACGAUGAGGCAGAGGACUCGGAGGAUGAAUUCGAGGAGAUGAACCUCUCUCUCCUCUCUGCUCGCAACUUUCCCCGCAAGGCCAGUCAAACUAGCAUCUUCCUCCAGGAAUGGGACAUCCCCUUUGAGCAGCUGGAGAUCGGGGAGCUCAUUGGAAAGGGACGCUUUGGUCAAGUUUUCCAUGGGCGCUGGCAUGGUGAGGUAGCCAUUCGCCUAAUAGACAUCGAGAGAGACAAUGAGGACCAGCUCAAAGCCUUCAAGAGAGAGGUCAUGGCCUACCGCAACACCAGACACGAGAAUGUUGUGCUUUUUAUGGGUGCCUGCAUGAGCCCUCCUCAUUUAGCUAUUAUUACUAGCUUAUGUAAAGGAAGGACCCUUUACUCAGUUGUGAGAGAUGCCAAAGUUGUCCUUGAUGUCAACAAAACCAGGCAGAUAGCACAGGAAAUGGUCAAGGGGAUGGGUUACCUCCAUGCUAAAGGAAUUCUUCACAAAGACAUGAAGUCUAAAAAUGUAUUUUACGAUAACGGCAAAGUGGUCAUCACUGAUUUUGGUCUCUUCACUAUAUCUGGAGUUUUACAGGCGGGCAGCAGGAGGGAAGACAAGAUACGAAUCCCCAAUGGGUGGUUGUGUCAUCUGGCUCCGGAAAUCAUUCGACAGCUUUCACCCGACACAGAAGAGGACAAACUUCCGUUCUCUAAACAGUCUGACGUGUUUGCAUUCGGAACUAUAUGGUAUGAGUUACAUGCGCGGGAGUGGCCUUUCAAAAAUCAACCAGCAGAGGCAAUUGUUUGGCAAGUUGGAAGUGGAAUGAAGCCAAAUCUUACUCAGAUAGGCAUGGGGAAAGAGAUUUCUGACAUCCUGCUUUUCUGCUGGGCAUAUGAGCAGGAGGAGAGACCAAGCUUCUCUAAGCUUGUGGAGAUGCUGGAAAAACUGCCAAAACGGAACCGUCGCCUUUCCCACCCUGGACACUUCUGGAAGUCAGCUGAGCUGUGACAGAUGGAGUGAUGGGACUGUGCCUUUUUUGCGUGAGGCCCCGCCCUCCCCCUCCCUUCUUCUACUUUACUCUCUCCCCAUCUGGCAUGGAGCCUGGAAGUGGUGAACUAGCACCUUACUCAAACCUAAGGGUGCCAUAGGCGGAUUCCAGCACAGAGAAGCCUUUCCUCUCUGCCUAAAAUGUUUCCAAAUUGUGUGGUUUCUUACACCAUGUCAGUUUUAUCCUGUCUGUUGCCAAUUAAAUAUAAUUAUAGACAUAUCUAUUUUUCCCUCAUGCUUUAUUUUUACUAGUCUUUUUUUUUUCUAAAUGAAAAUAAGUGCUUAUUAGUCAGGUGACACUUUAAAUCAUGGCUAGAAAUUUCUACAGUUCCAACUUAAUAGCAGAGGAAUAACAUAAUGUAAUUCCUCUGAAUUCCGCAUGCUUUCAUGUUGAAAUCAGGUCUAUCUUUGUGACAUUUUCUCCUCCAUGAAGUACCAACAGAGGGCAGAUUUAAACAGAUUUAAAAGCGAAUACUGUAGAAUGCAGUGGAAUUAUUUAAGAUCAUCAGAGUUUAUUCCUUUGCUACUCCGUUAGUAUUCAUUAGGAAGCUGUGGCUACUGAACUGUUUUAACUCCAUUCUCCUGUGUCUUAGUUCUCUCUGCAUGCCUGUGUGCCUACAAUGGCAUGAACAUUGCACUACUAUUCAGAACUUCGUGGACAUCAUCAGCACCUUCACUGUGAAUGAGAUCGAUAUUACUGUUUCAGUGACAUUAAAGCACAGUAAUAUAUGAAAGGAAUGUUUUCUCUCAUUUCAGGGAUUUGUUCUGUUUAUUUUUUGCCAAUGUGUGUUAAUUAUAAUUUUGCAUAUUUCUUAAAUUUGUUUUUCAUACUGUAUUUCAUGUGAGUCUUAGUGUGACAGCCUGUGUGUCUUCUUAAGUGGUUUUGAACACAACUGUGCGUCUUUUCUUCGAUCUAUGGCUUUGUUUGCAAAACAAGGGAUAGUAACUUUUAUACUUUGAGAUUAAAAUAAAUCUCUACAUUAAAGGAGACAGAUUUUUUUAUUUUAAUUUUUUUGACGCGUUGGUAAGGCUCCAUUAGGUUUUCAGAAAUUAUAUAAAAUAAUUGGCAUUAAAAAAUAGAUUUUCUGCGUGAUAAUGAACACAAAAUGGACUUCAUCUGCUACAGGCUCAUGUUACAGUUGAAAAACAGUAAAGUUAAAAUUCCUCUCAUUAAAAGACAAAGAAAAUGACGUUAGAGCCAUAAAACUGCUUAUUUUCUCGUUAGCAUCAAUGCACUUAUUGAACUGCUUGAUUAAAUAAUUAAGACCAAUCUGAAUGUAUCAAGUCACCCUGAAUUGAAAGAGUAAAGUAGAGCACAUGAUUCAUCUUAUAUAUCUUACAAAGGAGGCAUCUCAAUAUAAGCUAAAGGAGUCUGUCACAAAAUCCUAUUUGCUGGUGUUGAAGGUAUAGCACUUGCAUCAUCCUAAAGAAUUAAUGUGUUUUACUUCACAUAACUAACAAAAUACACAUUCUUCAACUGAAAGCAAGUGCAGUAACUUCACUUUAAUUUAGAAUAGCAAACAUACAAUAAAAAAGCUAUAAAGACCCAAAGACAUUCAGUUACAUCUUAAUUUCUUUCUUUGUUUUCAUAUAAAAAGUGGGUUGAUUAAUAUUCACCACUUGCACUUCAGAUGUAUUUAGUAAUGUUGGUUUUAAGAUAUAAUUUGAGCUGGUGGGAUUUUUGGAUUCAUUACACAUCAAAUGAGAAGCGCACGUAUAAAAUGCUUGAGAAAGUGAAGUAUGAGUGGCAGUUAAUUACACAUAAGUGUGUGCCAACCAUUAGCAGUCCCUUGCAUGUGAAGUACCUUAUUAGUAGGAACUUGUUACCCCUGUAUUCAUUUCAAAAUAAUACAUUAAAAUGGGCAGACCAAACAUCAAGCAAAGUAUUUUUCAGGAUUUGUAUUUCAUAUGGUGGUGUUGGAGGUCCAUUUGUUUUCAUCCCUCUAGAAACCAAAAAUCCUUAAAGAAGCCUGCACAGUACAUUUGCAGGUUACUGAAGGACUUCACUUGUGCGUUUUUAUUCUGGAGUGAACUCCAUAAAGAAAACAGUUCAUUCUCUAAUACUCUUUAUAACAAUUGUUAUGAAGAUGAUUUGGGUCAAGCAAAUUAUUUUGCUGCUCAAACAAUUUACUGGUUUCGUAAUGAAAGGGAAAACGGAUUCCUCUUAGAAAAUAUUAUGAAUCUAUUAUUGCAGGGCUACUUUUUGAUCCUUUGUCUUAGCUGAAAUGACUGUCCUCUCACAAUAUGUAUGUACAAACACUCAGUGAUGAGAUAACUUCAUGAGAAGUGUGAGAAGUUAAGAUUUUAGUCAGAUUGUAUCACCAUGCUACCAUAUCAUCCUGCCAGGUUUUCCACUCAAGCCAUGGCUGGUUUCCUGGUUGAGUCAAUUUUUCCAAGGCUGGAAUUGCCAUUAAUUCCUGUUACACCCCCGAAAAUUUGAAAUCCGAUGCUGUUAAUCAGCUUGGUUUGACUAAUAUAGACCUCGCACAGGAGGAACAUGUAGGAAUGUCGGUCAUUUUCCAUGCUGUCAGUUUUGCGUCUCCCACCUGUUGAACCAGUCAGCUAAUGACCGCUCAGAAGCAACAAAUGAGAUUCAGAUUGCUCCCAAAUCUACAUUUACUGGUUUGGCUGCUCAAGAACAUGAGAAAUAAAGUCACAGUACAAUAAAUCCGUAUACUUACAAUUUGAUCAAAGAAAACUAAAAUAGUAACAAAUAUUCCAACCUAAUUAUAAUAUUGAGAGCUGUGCUUAACAUGCUGUGGAGUCUGAGAAACGCAUUUACUAGAAUGGCCACAUUGAAUGCUUUCUUAGUCACAUUGAUGUUCAGUGUGACACAAUCAUUUUUAACUAAAUUUCUUAAAAUCACAGGAUUUGAGAGAUUUUUAAAGUUUAGACCUACCUUGUUAUUUGCUUGAUCUUAGAGUAAUUCCAAAAAGUAAGGAAGAUCAAAAAAAUUAUAUUAUUAGUCAAUAUUUAAGUUACCAUUAUUUUAGGUUACGGCCUAAAAUUAAUGCUUUUUAGUUUUAUAGUACAAUAGCUACUGAAAGUAACCUUUUUGGCAAGGCAAAGUUUCUAAUACUUUAAUGGACCAUUCUAAAUAGGGAUACUGGAUUGUUUUUUUUAAAUCUCACUAACUUAUUUUGUCUUAUAAAUUUUAGAAUUUACUGUGAAAGACUCACUUUAAUAUUAUAUUGAAGAAGUUCCAAAGCAAAUUAAACAAAGUACAGCUGUGAGAAUGUGCUUAAGCAUUAGCAUUUUGAAGGGUUAAAAUGAUCUCCCCUUGCACAAAUUAGGUUGCACUGACCCAUGUGAGAAAGAUUAAAAUAAGGCAAGAUAGGUGAUCUUAUCAAACACAUGACUGAGCUAAUCAGAAAUCCCUGUUGUGGUGCUGCUUUUCUGAUCAUUCUAUAUAUAUCAAGAAACAAGAAAUUCCAAAAGUAUUUAGUUUUUUAUUAACAGAAUUUUAAGUUUUUGUGAGAAUUUUUCAUUAUAAAAUGGUCUUUGCCCAAUCCCAACCAGACUUUUCUAUGUACCCUUUCAUACCAAAAAGCUCUAGGUUCAUCAGCUGUGUUGAAAACGUUUUCUGUUUUCUGUGGCUGCAUUCUUGAUACCGAGAGUGAGCGUGGGCUGUGACCUGAAGCUUAUCAGACUUGUUGUUUCAGGCUUUGUCCCUCUGCUUCCCAUGUGCACAUUACUAACUCAGUGUUGUCAAUUUAGAAAACAGCAUAUAAAAGUAUGCACAACCCGAGAUACUGUGUUUGCUAAUUCUGUCUUUUCACUGAGGGAAGCACGUGGCAUAAUGACUUUACCAGUGACAGGACUUCAAAAGCAGAUUGUUUUCUUUCUAGCAAAUUGGCAGAAAUGUAAUCAGGAAAUGUUUACAGCUCCUUAGAUUUGCUAAAUGCAUAUACAGAGGGUUUGUAAAAUGAAUUCUGUUUACUAGUCACAAACUGUAAUGCGAUAGAAAAUGCGAAGAAACACAGAGGUGUAAUUUUAUAUGCUAAUUUGGAUCUAAGGCACCGUUGUUUUCCAAUAAUACACAUUGCUGCACCAUUUUGGGACUUGAAUAGAUUCAGAAAUGGGAGACACUUCUUUUCUCUCUUUUUGAAAAAUGUCUGCUUGUUAAUGAACAGCUUAUUGAACGAAGGACAGUAUACAGUGUAAACCUCCCACUAUACCUGUAAUGAACACAUUGUGAGUGCUAAAAUACUUCAUGGAAAACAAUGGAAAUGAAGUAGGUACACACUCACAAUUCAGACAUCUGCAGGCCUCAACGCAUAAAAUAUUCCAUCGUGGUAAUUUUAUUACAUGUGUUCUGGAAUCAUUGUAACUUGUCCUCAAAAUGCAUUAAAUCAGUACCACUUUCCAAUAUUUGGAAAUUGGAAUACUACAACCCACUGAUGUCAUUUUCUUAAUGAAAACUAGCAUCAUGCAUAGUAAUAGUUUGACUCCUACGACCAAUCAUGUAACUUUUCACUUCCUCUGAUGGAUCUUAAUUCCAGCAAAAAAAACAACAAUAAUGUAUUGAUCAAUGUUCCCUUUGUUGUGUCCAUUACUUUUUGAAGAAAUGCCAUUGGCUUUGAUUUGCUUUGCGAGUCACUGUUUUAAGUCACAGGUGUCAGUAAAGUACUGUAGCAUGUUUUUUUUUGUGUGAAUAGUGACAUUGAAAGCUUUGUCAAAUGCAAAAGGCAACCUCUGUAAACUACAAUAUUACAUUUUAUACUCUUAGCCUGUAUAAUACAAAGAGCUUGAUAGGUCAUUGUGUAUUUUCAGUGUUCCUGUUGAUGACUGUUGCAGAAUGAGCUGGGACUAUUACUUAUUGUAAAUUAGUUUGAAAGAGCACUUGUUUCUGGUGCAGACAUACUAUAUGAUGGGUCUACUCUUGUAAAUUUGUACAGUAACAUUUAUAAAGUUUUCUACACUUAAAAAAAUAUUUAUAAUUUCAGCUAAUCUAAUGAAUGUCAGCUCUUUAAACUGCAGAUGCUGUUACCUUUUUGUGUUUUGUGCAGCGUUUGGUGGGGUAAUGAUGUCAAAACUUAUUUAUGCCAAUAAAGAAUUUGAGACCUGU